AUGGUAUACAAUAUCGAGCGGAUAAACAAUUCUACCUUGCUGCCAGGCAUCAAAUUAGGAUAUGAAAUUCAUGACAGCUGCACUGAUGUUGCCGCUGCAGUACAAGCCACCAUGGGAUUUCUUUCCAAAUUUAAUUCCUCGGACAAAGGUGUUGCAGUUCUCUGCAAUUACACAGACUAUGUACCAGCUGCCAAAAUAAUUGUCGGGGGUUUAUACUCAGAAAUUUCAAUUGUGGUUGCAAGAAUAUUGAACCUCUACCUCAUCCCACAGAUCAGUUACAUAUCAUCAGCAGAAAUACUCAGUGACAAAAUAAAGUUUGCAUCAUUUUUCCGGGCUGUUCCCAGUGACAAGCAUCAAACAUCUGCCAUUGCCCAACUUAUUCGACAUCUCAGGUGGAACUGGGUUGGAGUCAUUGCAACUGAAGAUGAUUAUGGACAGUCAGCAAUGAACAGUUUUAUCUUACAUGCACAAAAGAACAAUAUAUGUGUUGAUUUUCGUCUUCUGAUCCCUGUAGUCAACAGUAAAGAACAGGACAUUAAGAUCAAUGAAACUGCACAAAAAAUUCAGAAUUCAACUGCACAAUUGCUCAAUGAAUUGAAAAAUGUUAGGUUUCUGACAGAAAAUGGAAACUUUCAAUUUGACAGUUCAGGAGAUUAUUCAAGUGGAUAUGACAUAAUAAACUGGAGAUGGGUGAACAAUUCCAUGCAAUUUAACAAAGUUGGUGACUACAACAUAACAACAAGGCUGAUUACCAUCCAUGCUGAUUUCGAAAAAAUUGCACAGGUUGGAUCUUUUCGUUGCUCAUACACAUGUAAACCCGGAGAAAGAAAGACUGUUUCACCUGAAAACAAUUGUUGUUACAAUUGUAGUACCUGCUCUCCAGGAACUUACUCUGAAAAAAAUGAUUCCAUUGAGUGCUUGAACUGCACAAAAGACUAUUGGUCCGAUGCAGGAAGUUCAACAUGCCAGAAAAGUACUGUGGAUUUUCUUCAAUGGGGAGAUGCCCUUUCUCUUGUGCUAAUCAUAGUUGCCAUCUUAGGAAUACUUAUAGUAGGUUUUGUAAGCAUAUUGGUUACAAAAUACCUGAGUACACCAGCCGUGAAAGCUGCUGGAGGUUGGAUGUGUUACUUAAUGCUGUUCUCGCUGGUGGUUUGUUUAGUCAGUUCCAUACUGUUUAUUGGAAAGCCGCAUGAUCUCAUUUGUAAAAUUCGACAACCACUUUUUAGUAUCAGCUUCACACUUUGUGCUUCUUGUAUUUUGGUAAAAUCUUUUAGGAUCAUCCUGGCUUUUAGUUUUGAUCCAAUUAUCCGUAAAAAUCUGAGGCUCUUUUAUAAGCCAGUUCCUGUUAUAAUUAUUACCACAGGAGUUCAAGUAAUUAUUUGUUCAUUGUGGUUAUCUUUGAGUCCUCCUAAAAUGUUCAAAAAUAGAGAUCACUCCAAAUUAAUUCUGUUGCUAUGCAAUGAAGGUUCCCAUAUGGCAUUCGGAAUAAUGUUGGGAUACAUUGCUUUACUUGCAUGUAUCUGCUUCAUUCUUGCUUUCAAAGGAAGGAAGGCCCCCAAAAUGUAUAAUGAGGCAAGAUUCAUCACAUUUAGCAUGCUUGUUUACUUAAUUGUGUGGAUUUCUUUUGGUGUUGUAUAUAUCAACAUGGAAACAAGCAAAUAUUUGUCAAUAAUUGAAUCAAUUGCAAUUUUAGCAUCAGUCUAUAGUUUUUUAUGCUGCCAUUUUUUUCCAACCUGCUAUGUAGUUUGCUUCAAGAAAGAAAGCAAUAUUGAGUCAAAUUAUUUGACACAUGCAAGGGAGCAUUUCAAACAGAAAGGACAGUUUGUGUUACCUAUCGCCAAGAUGCAAAGGAUCUCUCAAAUUUCUACCGAAGAACAGACUUCCUCCCCAAAAGCAAAUCUUGAAAAUGAAUGCCCUAUUAAUCAGAAAACUGAUCUCAUAUUCCAGAAUAAUCGUUUUCAGAAUCAAAGAGUGUCAAACUGCUUGAGAAAAAGACAUAAAAGUUGUUAA